GUUGGACCCCCUAACAGAAGACGCGUAGAUCAACUCUUUAAGCAACACGUGUACGGCUCUAAUCGCGUUGGAAUAUUAUAGCCAGCUCAAAAACCACCACGCCAUACACCGUAUAUACGCCGUAUGUAUACGGUGUCCCCGACAUACGACACGUGUGUGAUGACGUGGACAUCACCCUCGCGCUCCUUUCUUCUUCAUCUUCUUUUUUUUUUCUUCCUGUGUUAAACAAACCAUUCAUAGAGAGAGAAACAGUUUUUUUCUUCUUUCCCUCGUUUUAUUUAGAGAGAGAAAAUGCAUAAUUCUACUACAUCGCUCUAAUUCCUUCUCCAAAUCUCAACCGUUUUUUUUUCUUCUUCUCUUAGGUGCUUGCAAUGGGAACCAGUGAGGAAGAGAAAUCUACCAAGACCGAAAAGCCUUCUUCACCUGUAACAGUUGAUCAGACCAAUCAGACCAACCAGGCGAAUAUUCAUGUCUAUCCUGAUUGGGCAACCAUGCAGGCAUAUUAUGGACCAAGAGUUGCCAUGCCACCAUACUACAACUCAGCUGUGGCUUCUGGUCACCCUCCUCACCCAUACAUGUGGGGGCCACCACAGACUAUGAUGCAACCUUAUGGACAUCCUUAUGCAGCAAUGUAUCCACAUGGAGGGGUUUAUACUCACCCUGCAGUUCCUAUUGGGCCACAUCCACAUGGUCAAGGAAUUUCAUCUUCACCUGCUACCGGAACUCCUUUAAGCAUAGAGACACCUCCCAAAUCAUCUGGAAAUACCGAUCAGGGUCUGAUGAAGAAAUUAAAAGGGUUUGAUGGACUUGCGAUGUCCAUAGGAAAUUGCCAUGCUGAGAGUGCAGAGCCUGAAGCUGAAAGUAGGCUAUCACACAGUGUGGAUACUGACGGUUCGAGUGCUGGAAGUGACGGCAACACUUCAGGGGCUAAUCAAACAAGAAGGAAAAGAAGCCGUGAGGGAACACCGACUACUGAUGGAGAAGAGAAAACUCAGACACAGGGAAGUGAUGUUUCCAAAGAAAUUGUAGCUUCUAACAAGAUGAUGGCAGUUGCCCCUGCCGGUGUAGCAGGACAACUAGUUGUGCCUGCAGUUUCUUCUGCAAUGACCACUGCACUGGAGCUGAGAAAGCCUUCCACUGUUCAUUCUAAAACAAAUCCUGCCGCAGAAGGUUGGUUACAGAAUGAGCGUGAACUGAAGCGUGAGAGGAGGAAACAAUCAAAUCGAGAAUCUGCUAGAAGGUCCAGACUAAGGAAGCAGGCCGAGGCCGAAGAGCUGGCACGGAAAGUUGAAGCCUUGAAUGCUGAGAGUGCCUCGCUUAAAUCAGAAAUAAAUCGACUGGCUGAGAGUUCUGAAAAACUGAAGAUGGAAAAUGCUGCACUAAAGGAGAAAUUUAAAAUUGCUCAACUGGGACAACCAAAAGAGAUAAUUUUGACCAACAUUGACAGCCAGUCCCAGAGGAUUACACCUAUAAGUACAGAAAACUUGUUAUCAAGAGUUAAUAAUAAUUCGGGUUCUAAUGAUAAUAGAACUGUGGAGGAUGAGAAUGGUUAUUGUGACAACAAACCGAACACUGGUGCAAAACUGCAUCAACUACUGGAUACAAGUCCUAGAGCUGAUGCUGUGGCUGCUGGUUGAAACAAAAGAAACCAUGAUCAUGUAAUUUUGGCAUAUUACAAACCCAAAAUUACUGCUAACAGUUUUUCUGAGGGAUGGAUCAGCUGAAUUUUAGUAUCUAAAUCCAUCAAAACCAGAACUAAUUCAUUGCUCAUAUUGUGGGUUACUUAGGACAAAGAACUCUUUAUUCUAUUUAGAUUUGACAAAUAUGGGUGGCUACUAAAGUUUGUAUAAUGAAGAGGAUUAGAUAUUUUAGUGUAGAGAAGGAUGUUGAAAUCGUUACAUAAUAUGGUGUGUAUUGAUAAUUGGUGUGCCCCUUAUAAUGGUAUUUGAUAAAGUCAUUAUGGUUUUUCA